GUGAUGAUCUCAUUUCUCCCAAACUAUAAUGUUUUGGAAACGUUUAAACAAAAGCAGAACGACAUCAGUAAACAUUUUUAGUGAAUUUCUGCGUGCAGAAGAAACGUUUCCGUCUUUUCCGGUAAUGACAUAAGGUAUAACUUAAAAAAAAAGUAAGCUAGAGUUCAACAGAACAGUACACUACAGAGAUAAAUUCUGAAAAACUUUUGUUGUUGCGUUUCGCUACAACCGAGGACAUUAAAAAAUGAAGUGUUAUACAAGUGUUUACUUUCAUAAGACUAUAAAGUAUAAUGACUGUGGUUACCAGCGGUUGGAAUUUGGUUACAUAACGCAUCAUUAAAAUUGUUACAUAUAAAUGAAAAAACCUAAAAUGCUGGACUUUUUACGGUCCCUCGAAUGACUUGCAGAAUGCGCCCAAAACAGAUUUUAGACGUCAUAACACGCGUUAAAAACCCGAACCUGUGCAAAUGGAGAUGCUUUUACGUGACGCAGCAGUAGAGCUUGAAGUCCAGCCCGGUUCCGAGUCCGCUCCCUCUCCCGGGCUCACGGAGGAGUCACGUGUGCAGCGCUGCGAGCGAGCGAAUGAGAAACGGAGAGCGGGAGAGAGAGAGCGAAUGUGCGAGGGAGGGAAAGAGAGAGGGGAUAGGAGAUGUUAAAAGAGACAUGACAAAAUAUCCAAAAAGGAGACGCACGCCGUACCAUGCGCGCUAAAUUUGUGCCCGCUGGAAAUCGGGAUGUCGGAUCGACGGUGAAGCGCAUCACCCCAUUUCACGGAGGAAACGAUUUCGCUGGAACUUUGGAACGGAGGGUCCGCGGGGAAACAUGGCCGAAGGAGGGCCGCGCAGAGGUGGCGGGUCGGACCCCGCCAGGACUCCGCCGCAGAUUCUGGCUGGCUCGGGUUACUGCAAGUGGUUUAAUGUCCGCAUGGGGUUUGGAUUUAUAUCGAUGACCAGCAGCGAGGGGAAGCCAGUGGACCCUCCACUAGACGUGUUCGUUCACCAAAGUAAGCUGGUGAUGGAGGGCUUCAGGAGCUUACGGGAGGGCGAGCAGGUUGAGUUCACCUUCAAGAGGUCGAGUAAAGGUCUGGAGUCGCUCAGGGUCACGGGGCCCGGUGGGGGCCCAUGCUCGGGCAGUGACCGACGCCCCAAAGGGAAGGCCCCGCCCCUCAAACGCAAACCAAAGGGAGACCGGUGUUAUAACUGUGGAGGUCUGGACCACCACGCUAAAGAGUGUGGCCUUCCACCCCAGCCAAAGAAGUGUCACUACUGUCAGAGUGUCACGCACAUGGUGGCCCAGUGUCCCCACAAGAGGGCGCUGUCCCCCUCCACGUCUCAGGACCCCCAACGCCCCUCCACCUCCGCUCAGUCCCAGGAAGAGGGGAGCCGGUCGGGCUCGUCGCCCCGCGAGGGCCCGUCGUCCUCUCCGGAGGAAGCAUCUCAACGGGGGAGUCACUCCCAGCGCUGGAGGAAAAGCCGGGACUGAAAGCAACCGAAAGGUUCCUCAUCCAGACGAAGCCCGGACCCGAAAUCAUCUACCUCACAUGGCCGGGUCACCGAGGAGACCCUCCCUCCCUUCCCGUGCAGCUAUGGUAUCAGCCCAUGGGGGUCAUGCGUGUACAUGCGUGUUCUCACUGAGCAAUCACAACAAACUCUGCGACUGACGUGUGUGUGUCUGUGUGUGUGCGUGACUAAAUGAGCGAGUGUGUUUGAAGUACUAUAGAAUUACAAAGCAAAAUAGAUACAACAUGAACCAGUGUUUUAAAAACAAGCAUGAAGUCAACAGAAUGUCAUUUUACCUUCAUAAUAGUGAAAUGGGCUAUUGAUUGAGUUCAAAUGUUUGCUGCGUAAGUGACGUCAGUCAACUCGUUUCAGAAGAAAAGCAAGUUAUCAUAUCAUCAUCAUGAUAACAUGCACAGAUAAAAUAUUCACUUUUUUUUAAAGGUUCACCCAAAAACUACAAUUUGCUGAAAAUGUACUCAUCCUCGGGCCAUUUGACAUGUAAAUAGGUGUGUUCUUUCAUAAG